AUGUAUUUCAGAGCAGGCUCGCUCUUUGCUUUGUCCGUAUUCGCUUCACGGAGCUUCCUCGUCGGAGCAAACCCCGCCGCAUCCAACAUUGAGCGUCGCUCGCCAGCUAACUAUCAGGGCGAUGGACUCCCUCAUCGGCAGAUGGUUGCUGCACGCUCCGCGCGUAGUCUCGAGCGUCGCCAGCUAGAUAUCAACAACUUCCUGAAGCACGAGCACGUGUUGCCUUUCAUUGACGAUGAUGCUUCGGCUUCUCAUCCCGGCGGAUCUGUACCUGGCUCUCCACCGGCCUUUGCAGCCCACGUCUUACUGAAAUCAGUCCUGCCGACCUUGUUACUAGAAGAGCAUGAAGGCUUUAUCGAAAGUAUCGCCUGCCACGAAUCCAUCGUCGAGCUCGAUUUCCAUAACAGUGCUGUGCUGUCUGCUGCAUGGGCAGAAAUGCAGCAGCAUCCUGAAAUGCUAGUCAUCACCUCUCAUGUUGGCUGCAAUCCUGACGGAGAACGUAAACCUUACCGUGUCUCGAGUGUUGAAAAGAGAGAGCAUUCGCUUGUUCUUUCUGUGAUUCACGCCUCAUGGAAACAAUGCUUUCAUUCGAUCGAUCUUGCAUUUGGCAGCCACAAAGAAAACGCUCAACUCAAGCGCCACGAUCAUGACCUCAGAAGGAGACAAGAGACGGCGACUUCAUCAGUCAUCGUAGGCCCUGCCAUCUCCAUACCCCCUCCACCAACCUCCUCGCCUACAGCCACCGUCGUUGCCGCCGCAAGCGUCACAACAGCCUGGCUUGGCACCACUAUCCUGCCUCCCACAUUCCCCGGCUCAAACUUUCUCGUCCCGGACCUCCCCGCCGGCCUGAACGUCCAAUGCAAGAACUGCUCCCUCCAAGGCAGCAUCAACCUCUCAGACGGUUAUCUCAACGGUGCCGCUCCAAGCACAUCCGACGACGACGACAGCAUCGGCUCCAUCUUCGAAUCCGAGGUCACCGACAUCAUCAACUUCUUCGACAACGGCUACAUCGAGCUCGCCGUCAACGACUUCACGGCGCACAUCGAGCUCGAAACACACGUCACGCCCUCCGCCUCCCUAGUCACCUACAUCGCGCCCUUCCCCGACAUCGGCAUUCCCGGCUGGACGAUCCCCAAAAUCGCCACCGUGGGACCCAUCCUCCGCCCGCACAUCACCUUCGGCGUGCAGCUAGCCACAACACUAGAAUUCACAUACGGCUUCGACCUCACAAUCCCAAAUAAUUCUACCAUCCACAUCGAUAUCAACGACCCCAUCGCCAACUCCACCGUCACUGGCUUCCAAAACACGACCUUCACGGCCCUCCCCUUCCAAGCCGGCAUCGACAGCAUAAACCUCACCGUCUCCGCGGCCUUGAACCCCCAAAUCCUCCUCGCCUUCUCCGUCUUCGACGACUCCGCCUCUCUCGCUGCAGGCGCCUUCCUCGACCUCCCCCAGCUUUCCGCCACAGUGGCACGCGUCAGCCACGUCGACGAACACUGCAAUCCCCCCAACGCUUCCAGCGCGGAAAAAGACCUCACGCUCUUGAAUAUCGUGCCCAAGGUAGACUUCGAUGUGGGCUUGCUCGUGGAUGCGAAGUUAGAUGCUGAAGUUCAUACCUUUGAUGUCGGCGCGACGACGACGGUCGCGAGUGCGGUGCAGACUUUGGGCACGGCGUGUUUGAAGUGGGAUGGGAAGAAGAAGACUUUUGGGGCUGCGGUGGGGGCGAAGGAGACGGGGAAGAGUUCUGACGCUGCGGCGGAGAUGCAGGGUAAGGGGAGGCUCGCUCUGUUGGCUAUGUCUGUGGUUUCGGCGUUUUUCAUGCUGCUGUAG